AAGGAUCAAGACCAUUAUUUGGGUAACACACUAAAGAUGAACUAUUCUCCAGGCUUAGUAUCUGUGAUACUCUUACUGCUUGGAAGAACCCGUGGAGAUUCAGUGACCCAGAUGGAAGGGCCAGUGACUCUCUCAGAAGAGGCCUUCCUGACUAUAAACUGCACGUACACAGCCACAGGAUACCCUUCCCUUUUCUGGUAUGUCCAAUAUCCUGGAGAAGGCCUACAGCUCCUCCUGAAAGCCACGAAGGCUGAUGACAAGGGAAGCAACAAAGGUUUUGAAGCCACAAACCGUAAAGAAACCACUUCUUUCCACUUGGAGAAAGACUCAGUUCAAGCGUCAGACUCAGCGGUCUACUUCUGUGCUCUGAGUGACACAGUGACAGGGACUGCAGGGGGAGCUGAGCACAAACUCUGAGCAGCACAGGGGGCCCAGCUGCUGAGUGUCAGCCACUGUGAUCCACUCUGGUUCCAGCACAGUCUGUGGUUGUUUGUGCCUCAGUUUCUCUGAUUGAUGCAGUAAUCAUACACAUGGCCAGAGGAGAAAAACAAGAAAUGAACAUCCCCAAACCCAGCUCUUGGUUAGUGAAAUUAAAAACAGACAUUGACACCAAGUAGUUCCUCAUCCAGUGCCAAAGUAAUUUCAAGGUUAAACCACAGAAACAAUGAAGCUGUCUCUGUGAUCAUCCUUGCAGACAAAGUUCAACCCCCACCUCUUGUUCCAGGUCACUCUGGUAGAUAUUGGAGGUGGAUGUGUUCUAUUACAUUUUUACAGAGCCAAAUGUGCCAGAGAAGGUGGCGUCUGUAUAAUGUCUCUGUAACAGAGUACAGCAGGAGAGAUGACAGGAGAGCUACAGCUCCUCAAUUCAGUUCAAAUGUCUAUGCAGGAUUCUUAAUAGAGAAAGAAGGGAAGAGAAGAAAGGAGGAGGGACAGAAUGUCACAUGUAAAAAAAUAAUACAGAGAGGAAAGCGACAAUUGUCAGAGAGAGGAAAGGUUUCUUUUUUGGUAAGCCAGAUGGUAGAGAAAGGCUGAUGUUCCAAAAAGAAAGGGAAGGAUCAAAAUCAUUAUUGAAGAAAUGACUCAUUUGUAAAUCGUAAGUAUUCCUUGCUUGUUACAUUGAUCAAUUGGCUUUCUAACAACAAGUCCUUAAGUGAGUUAGUUUUGCAGUGCAAAUGGAAGAUUAAGCAUACAGAUUUAUAUCUGUAUCCCUGUGAAAUCCUAUUAAAGACACAGUAAAGAAAUUGAAAAGGGCAUAAAACCACAAAAAGAAUAGAAAAGGAGGUGACAGCAGAUGGUGAUACCAAUACAAUUUUAGAAGGCAGGAGUGUAUGGAGAAAUGAAAACUUGCAUAGCAGACCAGAUAAAGAAGAAACCUGGGCCUAGUGAAAGAAGACAACAAGGAACACCCAAUGUGUGUUGAGCCUUUGUGGAAAGGUUUAGAAAUCAGAAGUACCAAUGACCUUUGAAUAAUUGGUGAAGAUAAUGCUUUGUGUGUGUGUUUCUAUUUUGAGGGUAUUUGAAAAGAGGGUUUGAAAAGAGGAGGAGAAAGUGAGAAAAUGUAUCAUUAAUUGACCACCCAUGCUCUCCACCACUGCCUGUAUAACAAGCAAUGCUCACUUCCCAAACCCAGAAGAAAGUUGGAAUUUAAUAUUUCAUGAAUUGAAGUGCAGAACACAAUAACACAAGA